AGACCAUUGCUCUGGUUUCAUUGCUUUAUUUUCGGGGCGUGAUCUGCAGAGAAGCGAAAGUGAAACACGAUCUGUUUGUGAAAUGUGAAGUGGGACAUUUAACAUCGGACUGUUAAAGAGUAAAAUGUUUUCCCCACACAACAACAUGGGAAAUGAAGAGGCUUUGGACUAUUCGUGGGGGGCUCCAGUAGAUUCGAAACGUUAUGAGUGGCAGCUGUUAGUUGGAAAUCAGUGGCUGCGAAUUGAGAACGACCACGUGAUCGAGACCCACUACUGCCAUGCAGGAGCUAAAGGAAUCACCAUCAACACUCAGCAUGGGAAGGUGUUCAUAGACUUUGAUAAGUUACAGAUUCUGACUGGACCUCUGAAGGUGCAGAGACUUAGCUUCCUACCUCCGGGCCAGACGGAGGACGUAGGCUGGUACUUCAGAGAUGACCAGCUGUGGCGUGAAUAUGGAUCGCUGACCUCCAGCAGGUUGUCCUCCUCAAUCAGCAGUAAAGAUGUUGAGCAUCAGUUCACUCUAAACCCUCAGGGAUCCUUCACCUUCACCGUGGGUUCAGCAAGCUACAGACUUGACUUCGCCACCAUGACUCAAACAAACUGCACCACAGGCCUGCGCAGGAAUGUACGCAGGCGACCAAAAUUCCCUUCCAACACAAGAAGCCUUUACUCUACCUCAGCUCCUCCCACGGCUUCCUCCUCCCAGCUCACAAAUGGGGGCUACAAGUGGGAGUUUAUGGGAGAAGAGGGGGAAUGGACAGAAUACCAAGCACACGUAUGUUCAUUUGACAGCGCUGCUAUUGAGACACAAUACCAGCUGAAUCCCCAGGGCAAGCUCCACUUCAAUAUCAGGAGAUUCUCAUACACCCUGAAUUUUACAACAAUGUGUCAAAUCAACAACCAAAUAGGGACUGCAAGGGCAGUGAGGAGGACUGCUGACGAUGGGAGUCAACAGAACAGCAGUUGGGACUCACAGCCUAGAUGGCAGUUUCAAGAUAUCGGUGGAAAAUGGAAAGAUUAUUCCAAAGGUCGUAGGCAGUGCAGCAUGUCCAGCCAGGACAUUGAGCUCGAGUACCAGAAGAACCCAUCAGGCACCGUGAUAUUUACCACCAGCAACUUUAGCUAUGAGCUAAACUUCUCAGCCAUGACUCAGAAGAACCUGUCCACAACCACCACCAGAUCAGUGCGACGGCUCAACCAGUGACUGUGGGAUCCGGUUUGAUGUCGAUCCUCAGGAAUUGCCUCACUGCUUGCCUGCAGGUUGUUUCUCAUGUUAGAAUGAUUCUGUACUGUUUUUCACGAGCUGCUGAUUGGAUGACCUUGCAUGACUGUUAUUGAAACACGGACAGACAUUUACUGAAAGGUGUGAGGGAUUCUUUAUUCUUCUCAGGGUCUGUGAUUACAAUUGCAUUUUGUCUUGCCAAUUUGUUGUUGCUUGUGCAUUGAAAAGUGUCUUCCUGUAACCUCUACCAUCUCCGUUGUUGGGUUUAGGGCUUGGGUUAGGUUAUCUAUAUUAAGGAUUAUGAAGAUAUCUGGCUGAUAACGGUUUGGUUCCACAAAUUUUACACAUCGUGUUGUGUUUACAGGUCUUGGGGAGUACAGUGUCAUAUGUGAGAAAUCUGAUAAACUGCCUUAAAUGAAGGGAAACAGGCACCUCUUUUAGCCUGGGUUCUUUCACACACAGCCCACUUCUUGCAAUAACUGUAUUAAAUAGAUUGCAACAACCCGAAACUGCCCAAGAUCUAUCAGGGGAGAAUGCAGUGCCGCCCUUUUUGGUAUCAUAUAAAUGUUUUUGUUAUUAUUUUAUUCUAUGUAGUGCUCCACAAGUGGAAGGAUGCAUGCAAGCAGUCAAGAGUUUAGUAAAGUGGUUAAUGUAACAUAAUGUUAAUAUAAAUAAUAAUUAUAAUAAUAAUCAAAUUGAACAUUUAUAAUUAAAACAGUGAUUAGUAGUUAUGUAUUAGGGACCCCACUGGCUCCCAUGUAACUCAAACUUUAACUGAAAACCAAAGCAAUGUUUCAGAUAUGCCACCUGUUAGUUUGUGCAUGUAACCAUCAUUUUAGUGUAUUUUAAAAUGUCCAUGAUUCAUGAAUACUGCCUUGUAAUCAGUGAACUUGAAAAGAUACCUCUUUUAACCUAAAACCAAAGGGAAGUAAACUUUCAUGUUUAAUUUAUGGAGAUGUUCAUUAAGCUGCUAUGUAAUUGCCAGGACACUUUGGUUUGUGUUUCCUUUCUAAAUUAAAGUGCCUGACACUCCACCAUCUGAUGCACGAUUUUAAAGCCAUCACAUAAAUAACACCCCACCCUUUGAGACUGAUUGUGCACUUUCCAUCAGAGAUUUUCAGCUUUUUCCAAGCUUUGUUUGAUGGGAGGUCACAGUCUCAGACUUUAAAAACCCCCAGACCUAUAUAAUAUUCCAGCACCAAUAUGUUUAUCUCUGUUUAGCUUUGUUGUCCUUUCUUAAGGUGUAUGUCUGUAUGUACCAUGCUGCACACUGUUCUUGGUUGGUUUUGAAUUGUUUAUAUAUUUAUAUUACAGCUUAUGGUGCUUGGACUAUUUGCUAUGGACAGACACAGUGCCUAUGUGUUGCUGUUUUUUCAAAUGUCUUUUGGUUAAUAAAGAUUAUUAACUGGA